AUGACUCGAGCAGCGGCUCCUUCUUUGAAGAGGAGGGCCAACAUGCAAGCGGCGACGGUUCGCCUCCUGACCUACUUCUCGCUCCGGAGAACUUCGAAGCUGAUCCUCAGCGUGCUCGCCACUGAGCGGAUCUUCAUGGCGUUCAACCCAGAGUCAGGUUACGUCGUUCACCACCUCCCGAGAAGUAACGGAACAGCUACGUCGUGUGCGAGCACGUGCCCGAGGAGUGCCGGCCGCUGCUCUUCUGUGAGGGGCUGCCGCGCCCUUUUUCCCGGAGCCCAGCGUGAAGCGCAAGGGGCGCACGACUUUCUGGUGGAGGAGCAGCGUCGCUUGACGCGGGAUCCGUCGAAGGAAAAGCACCUUCUUGUGUUGAUUAAACAUAUCGGUGGAUGUCAGGGAACGAAUGUGCUGGGGUCCGCGCGGAUCUCUUAG